ACUUAGAUUUAGUGACAAACGUGUCACCAACUUGAUGACCAUUUAUUUAUACGUUAACGAGCUUAUUUACAUUAGAGCUUUUCAUAUUCAGCUGGACAGAAUUUUGGAUAUUAUACGUGUGCUCUGAUCUCCAUCCUCGUACAUCAAGGAUCGUCCAGACAUGGGAAGUUCAUACCGAGCCUUGCGGAAGAUCAAAUACGGACAAAUAUACAACGUUAAAGAUGAGGACCCACUGGAGACUAUACAGUCACGCAUGGAUGAGAUUAACAUGAUGGUGAACCCCCGGGCUGAGUUGGGCAACUAUCUGGAAACCAUUGACCCGGCACAGAAGGAACGGAUCUAUAAAUACAAGUAUAUAGACCACAACGAAAUUAUAAAAAAGAAACGUAAACACUGGACAGCACGAGACCGGUUCAAAGAUGCCGUGUUCAAGAUUAUAAGGUUGUUUUGGCCGUUCGAGAAUCGAAAAAAGUACCUGAAUGAGGACAAGCCGGACACCAGCCCCGAGGGCGUGAAGCAUAUCAAAAGGAGCACUGGCUCGGGCGAGGAGAGGGAGAUACUCCACAAAACUAGUCUCGGAUAUGACAUGCGGUUGUCGUUGAUCACCCAAACUGAUUACCGGACCGAGGAGGACGUCCAAAGAGUUAUGCAGAUCCUGCGGGCGACGAAGGCGUUUAAGGACCUGUUUCCGGCGCAGCUGGAGGAGCAGCUUGCACGGGUGGUCGCAUACGAGCAAUACGAUGGCCGCCGGAUCAUCGCACACCAGGGGAGAGACCCACAGAGAUUCUACUUUGUUCUCACAGGAAAAUUAUUAAAAGUUCGAGAGUAUCGACUUCUGUCUGGCGUCGUUACCCGAGAAGAAGGGACCAUUGAAAAAGGCUACACUACUGAUCAAAAAGAAAUGGCACAUAACUGGCCGCGAGAACAACAUCUUGUGUCCAAGGGAUAUGUGGAAGUGCUCGUCUUAGAUAAAGAUAAUUUCUUAGACUUACUACAUACAUGUAAGGGACCUCCAAUAGAUUUCUUACAACGUCUAGACCUGUUCAAAGAGUUUCCCUGUGAGGAGUUUAGAAACAACAGCGAGGCAAUAGACUUCAGAUACUACGGCCAGGACAUUCUUCUAGUAAAAGACAGCAACAGAACACCAUGGCUGUAUGUUGUUAAAACGGGUCGGGUGAAGGUGGUGCGGCUACAAACUGUCAUUGACGUACAAAACGACGAUAAAUUCGGCAGCCAGAGUACGGAGGAGCUUGGAUGUGCCCGGCCCUUUAGUCACGCCAAUGCAAUGCUAGGAUCUCUUCUAAAGCAACGAAAAAUGAAAGCUAUGAAUGCAAACGUUACCCUUCCUGAGCUUAUACGUUUUCCCCGGACGUCUGUGAUCAACUUUAAGAGCCACGACGGGUCCCAAACGGAGCUCUCGCCCCAUGUUUCGGAAUCUACGGCAGUGGAUGAGGACCUUAACGGGCAUGUACACGAAACAAAUGGCGAAGCUACACAUCCAAAUCCUGGGAAGUUAGAAAACAUAAAAGAAGACCCAGAAAAUGUAAGCAGUACCGGAAGUGCUGUCACAGACAAAUCCAAACACUUAAAGACCCCACAUACCCCUAAGCUAGUUAUAACUGCACCUACGCUGAAGCCCUCCUCACCCAAGAAAGGUCAGCCAUACAGCCCCAACUCCCGGCGGAGCUCAGUGUCCUUCCUGCCGGCCAUCAGUAGUAACCGCCGAGAUGGCAACAGCAGGCGCAAUAGCGACAUUGUCCCACAUGGAACAUACCUGACUAGGGAACAGACCGAGUUUGACCCAGUUUACAAAAAGAGGUCCAAGAAAGACGUAGUACAGCGCGAAACACACUUGCAACUUGAUCUUCUCAAACCAGGGGAUAUCUUUGUUGGACAGGCUUAUCUAUGGGCAAAGGGUUUGGAGCACAUGGAGCCCCAGGCCCUAGCAUCCGAAGCCCAUGGAGUGUCUUUGAUAAGCGAUGGUGCUGAAAUCAUCAAAAUCAGCAAACGGUUCUUUCUACAGCAUGCGAAAAACAACACGAUGUUGAAAGUAGAGACAAUGCAACGCGAGUACAUGAGCGCAGACGAGGCGAAAACUGUGAUGUACAACAAGGAGACAUGGCGACAAUACAAGAACGUGUUGUUACAGCGGACUGUGAGUAGUCUGACCAGAAAUCAAACCGAGAGGGUCCCUUGACGACAGGGUGUGCUUUACAGGACUCGUGAUAUAGAUUGCACGGUCAUACAUCUCGUUUGUUGUCCUACGUUGAGCCAAUUUUGAUGUUAUGUCUGUGUUGCAAUGCUAUUAAACAAAUAUGCAGAACAUUCUGUUGUAUCGGGACUGUGAUAAUCUUUUCAUUGUGAUAAUCGUGUUUUGUUGUGAUAUUUUUGUUGUUUUUUACUUGGAAUUGUUGCAAUUUAUCACCAUUUUGAUUAUACACAAUGAAUUUUGAAAUCAACAAAUAUCAGAGAAUAUUGCAAUGAAAUUGCUGUUUAAGUUUGUGUAAUUAUUUCAAAACGCGAUUUGGUUUUUUAUAUGUGCAAUAAAAUAUAAAUGUAUGUCGUAUAAAUGGACCGGCGUUAUUAAAGCCAAUGAAAUGUUACCCACUCGUCUGCCAAAAUGGAGUUUAUGCAACAAAUAUGUGGUAUAUGCUGCCAUAGUAAAUGCCGAUAGAAAUAAAAGAAAUACAAUCAUUACAAUUUAUGUGUUAUCAUUAUCGUCGAAUUCGGAUUUCUACGUCGUAUAAAACAACUUUGUAAUAACGUUUGGUAAAAUGUACGAGUUAUGUGCUGUUUUUUCGAUAAGCACUUUUAAUAUAUUCACUUUUAUGUUUUUAUCUGAUAUGCACUUCUUUUUUCGCAACUCAUUAAAGCUGCACUCUCACAGAUUGAACUUUUUGUUAUUUUUUGUAUUGGAACGAGCCAAUUUUUGCGAAAAUUCAUUGAAACCAGUUAAAUAAGACUGCUGACAAAAAUAAGAUCGCAGAGUUUUUGUAUUCAAGUUCAAAAAUUGAUGUUUUAUGCAUUUUUUUAAACCGUUGGUUUAUGACAUAACACAUUAAUUUUCGAACGGAAAUAUGAAAAUCCACGAUCUGAUUUUUUGUCAGCAAUCUUUUAUCAUUGGUUUGCAGAUAUUUACGCCAAGAUUUGCUCUUUCCAAGAAAAAAAAGGUGUAAAAUGGUAAAUCUGUGAGAGUGCAGCUUUAAGACUGAUAAUCUGCAUAAUAUAUGUGUAUAUAUCUGUACGAUCUUGUAUAAAAUUAGGUAUGUAAAUUUGCUUUUACGCAUACAGAUCUUGUUGGUACUUGUGUAGUACCUUUCGAACUGCAUAAUAAUAUGCGUUUCAUCUUGUGAUUUUAGCUAAUAAAAAUGUUAAUA